UCGUCAGCACAUAAACACAGAACUCUCUCUCUCUCUCUUCUUCAGAAAAAGAAAAGCUACGGAUUCAUGUCGUCGAUUGCUUUACCCAUACCAUACUUGUCAAGAACCAAGUUGAGUUGCGCAUUUCCAAGAAAUCUCAACCCUACUAAAAACACGUCAACCUGGGGAAGAAUUGCGAUGAUGAAUUCUGCUGGAAAGGGGAAAUCUGUUAUAAGCGAUGAAGAGAAUCCGUUGAUCACAGCGGUGGCGUGUGAUCUUGGGGAAUGCGAGCCACGUGAGGCUCAACUUGAUGAAGAAUAUUGGGCGGCAGCAUGGCUCAGAGCAGAAAUCUACUGGGAGGGCCCACAGAAUGAGAGAAAUGCUGAGAAAUUCAAACGGAUAUUCGCUGAAAGGGAGUUCGCCGCGUUGAAACAAAGAUGCGAUGUGCAACUGGGGAAAAACUGCACAUGCAUUCUAAUGGUGAAGAAGGAAGAAGAUGACACCAUAGUGAAUCGCGUAGUUGGAACACUGGACUUUCACGUUAAAUUCUUUUCACCUGGGCAGACAUUUCCAGAUGAAAUCAUUGUGCAUCAACGUAUGGGGAGUAUUGACAGAAGCGCCUCCAACAGCUACGGCUAUAUCUUAAACAUAUGCGUGGCUAGAUCUGCGCGACGACGGGGGGUCGCCACCACCAUGCUGCAACAUGUCAUUUCCACUGCAAAGGAGCAAAGUAUUAAGAAGGUGUUUCUACGUGUGUAUGGGGAUAACGAAGGCGCAGUGAGAUUGUAUGAGAAGGUGGGAUUCAAGGCUGUUGAAGCACCAAACUGCGCAAACUGUUCUGCUAUGCCAUUGUUGCUCAUGUGUUUUGAGGUUUAAUACCUGCCUUUCAUCAAUCUAUUAUUGAAAUUUCUUGGAAAUUAAACUUGUUCCUCACCACAUAUAUAUACAUCUCUUACUCAUCUACCCAAUUUCAUUUUUGUAUUCAAUGGCUUGCUAU